CGUGGGGCCGUCUACAUGUUGAUGCUCACGCCAGCCUCGCCGCUCCUCCUGUUUGCCAACCGCCGGGACGUGCGGCUGGUGGACGCUGGCGGAGUCAAGUUGGAGUCCACCAUCGUGGUCAGCGGCCUGGAGGACGCGGCUGCCGUGGAUUUCCAGUUCUCCAAGGGAGCCGUGUACUGGACGGAUGUGAGCGAGGAGGCCAUCAAGCAGACCUACCUGAACCAGACGGGGGCUGCCGUGCAGAAUGUGGUUAUUUCGGGCCUGGUGUCACCUGAUGGCCUGGCCUGCGACUGGGUCGGCAAGAAGCUGUACUGGACAGACUCGGAGACCAAUCGCAUUGAGGUGGCCAAUCUCAAUGGCACGUCCCGAAAAGUCCUUUUCUGGCAGGACCUCGACCAGCCGCGGGCCAUCGCCCUGGACCCUGCUCAUGGGUACAUGUACUGGACAGACUGGGGUGAGACACCCCGGAUCGAGCGGGCGGGGAUGGACGGCAGCACCCGGAAAAUCAUUGUGGACUCGGACAUUUACUGGCCCAACGGGCUGACCAUCGACCUGGAGGAGCAGAAGCUCUACUGGGCCGACGCCAAGCUCAGCUUCAUCCACCGCGCCAACCUGGAUGGUUCGCUCCGGCAGAAGGUCGUGGAGGGCAGUCUGACUCACCCCUUUGCCCUGACGCUCUCUGGAGACACUCUGUACUGGACAGAUUGGCAGACCCGUUCCAUCCAUGCCUGUAACAAGAGGACUGGGGAGAAGAGGAAGGAGAUCCUUAGCGCUCUCUACUCACCCAUGGACAUUCAAGUGCUCAGCCCAGAGCGGCAGCCUUACUUCCACACGCGAUGUGAGGAGGACAACGGCGGCUGCUCCCACCUGUGCCUGCUGUCCCCGAGGGAGCCUUUCUACGCGUGCGCCUGCCCCACUGGCGUGCAGCUUCAGGACAACGGCCAGACGUGCAAGGCAGGGGCCGAGGAGGUGCUGCUGCUGGCCCGGCGGACAGACCUGCGGAGAAUCUCGCUGGACACACCGGACUUCACCGACAUUGUGCUGCAGGUGGACGACAUCCGGCACGCCAUUGCCAUCGACUACGACCCGCUGGAGGGCUACGUGUACUGGACGGAUGACGAGGUGCGUGCCAUCCGCAGGGCGUACCUGGACGGGUCAGGGGCGCAGACGCUGGUCAACACUGAGAUCAACGACCCCGAUGGCAUCGCUGUGGACUGGGUGGCCCGCAACCUCUACUGGACGGACACGGGCACCGACCGCAUCGAGGUCACACGCCUCAACGGCACCUCUCGCAAGAUCCUGGUGUCCGAGGACCUGGACGAGCCCCGUGCCAUCGUGCUGCACCCCGUGAUGGGCCUCAUGUACUGGACAGACUGGGGAGAAAACCCCAAAAUCGAGUGCGCCAACCUGGAUGGGCAGGAGCGGCAUGUCCUGGUGAAUACCUCCCUCGGCUGGCCCAACGGCUUGGCUCUGGACCUGCAGGAGGGAAAGCUCUACUGGGGAGAUGCCAAGACGGACAAAAUCGAGGUGAUCAACAUGGAUGGGACGAAGAGGCAGACGCUCCUUGAGGACAAGCUCCCGCACAUCUUCGGCUUCACGCUGCUGGGGGACUUCAUCUAUUGGACCGACUGGCAGCGGCGCAGCAUCGAGCGCGUGCAUAAGGUCAAGGCCAGUCGGGACGUCAUCAUCGACCAGCUGCCCGACCUGAUGGGGCUCAAGGCUGUGAAUGUGGCCAAGGCCGUCGGAACCAACCCGUGCGCGGACAGGAACGGGGGCUGCAGCCACCUGUGCUUCUUCACGCCGCGCGCGACCAAGUGUGGCUGCCCCAUCGGCCUGGAGCUGCUGAGCGACAUGAAGACCUGCAUCGUCCCCGAGGCCUUCCUCGUGUUCACCAGCAGGGCCGCCAUCCACAGGAUCUCCCUGGACACCAGCAACAACGACGUGGCCAUCCCGCUCACGGGCGUCAAGGAGGCCUCCGCGCUCGACUUUGACGUGUCCAACAAUCACAUCUACUGGACGGACGUCAGCCUGAAGACCAUCAGCCGAGCCUUCAUGAACGGGAGCUCUGUGGAGCACGUGAUUGAGUUUGGCCUUGACUACCCGGAAGGCAUGGCUGUCGACUGGAUGGGCAAGAACCUCUACUGGGCGGACACCGGGACCAACAGGAUCGAAGUGGCCCGGCUGGACGGCCAGUUCCGGCAGGUCCUCGUGUGGAGGGACUUAGACAAUCCGAGAUCGCUGGCCCUAGACCCCACCAAAGGCUACAUUUACUGGACCGAGUGGGGCGGCAAGCCCAGGAUCGUGCGGGCCUUCAUGGACGGGACCAACUGCAUCACGCUGGUGGACAAGGUGGGCCGGGCCAACGACCUGACCAUUGACUACGCUGACCAGCGUCUCUACUGGACGGACCUGGACACCAACAUGAUCGAGUCAUCCAACAUGCUGGGUCAGGAGCGGGUCGUGAUUGCCGACGACCUCCCGCACCCCUUUGGCCUGACUCAGUACAGCGAUUACAUCUACUGGACAGACUGGAACCUGCACAGCAUCGAGCGGGCCGAUAAGACCAGUGGCCGGAACCGCACCCUCAUCCAGGGCCACCUGGACUUCGUGAUGGACAUCCUGGUGUUCCACUCGUCUCGCCAGGACGGCCUCAACGACUGCAUGCACAACAAUGGGCAGUGUGGGCAGCUAUGCCUCGCCGUCCCCAGCGGCCACCGCUGCAGCUGCGCCUCUCACUACACCCUGGACCCCAGCAGCCGCAACUGCAGCCCGCCCACCACCUUCUUGCUGUUCAGCCAGAAAUGUGCCAUCAGCCGGAUGAUCCCGGAUGACCAGCACAGCCCAGACCUUGUCCUGCCCCUGCAUGGGCUGAGGAACGUCAAGGCCAUCGACUAUGACCCACUGGACAAGUUCAUCUACUGGGUCGAUGGGCGCCAGAACAUCAAACGAGCCAAGGACGAUGGGACCCAGCCCUUCGUUUUGACCUCUCCAAGCCAAAGCCAAAACCCAGACAGGCAGCCUCACGAUCUCAGCAUCGACGUCUACAGCCGGACGCUGUUCUGGACGUGCGAGGCCACCAACACCAUCAACGUUCACCGGCUGAACGGGGACGCCAUGGGCGUGGUGCUCCGCGGGGACCGCGACAAGCCAAGGGCCAUCGUCGUCAAUGCUGAGCGAGGGUACCUGUACUUCACCAACAUGCAGGACCGAGCUGCCAAAAUCGAGCGUGCAGCCCUGGACGGCACCGAGCGUGAGGUCCUCUUCACCACAGGCCUCAUCCGCCCUGUGGCCCUUGUGGUGGACAACAUGCUGGGCAAGCUCUUCUGGGUGGACGCGGACCUGAAGCGCAUCGAAAGUUGUGACCUGUCAGGGGCCAACCGCCUGACCCUGGAGGACGCCAACAUCGUGCAGCCUGUGGGCCUGACGGUGCUGGGCAGGCACCUGUACUGGAUUGACCGCCAGCAGCAGAUGAUCGAGCGCGUGGAGAAGACAAUGGGGGCCGAGCGGACGCGAGUCCAGGGCCGUGUCGCCCACUUGACCGGCAUUCACGCCGUGGAGGAUGUCAGCCUGGAGGAGUUCUCAGCCCAUCCUUGUGCCCGGGAUAAUGGUGGCUGUUCCCAUAUCUGCAUUGCCAAGGGUGAUGGGACGCCACGGUGCUCGUGCCCAGUCCACCUCGUGCUCCUGCAGAACCUGUUGACCUGUGGCGAACCUCCCACGUGCUCCCCCGACCAGUUCGCGUGUGCUACUGGGGAGAUUGACUGCAUCCCUGGGGCCUGGCGCUGCGACGGCUUCCCAGAGUGUGACGACCAGAGUGACGAGGAGGGCUGCCCGGUGUGCUCGGCCGCCCAGUUCCCCUGUGCGCGGGGCCAGUGCGUGGACCUGCGGCUGCGAUGUGAUGGCGAGGCCGACUGCCAGGACCGCUCGGAUGAGGCGGACUGCGAUGUGCUCCUGGCCGCGUCAUGCCCUCCAGCCUCUCUGAAUUCAAGGCCCCUCCUUGCAGCCGUCUGCCUGCCCAACCAGUUCCGGUGCGCCAGCGGCCAGUGCAUCCUCAUCACACAGCAGUGCGAUUCCUUUCCUGACUGCAUCGACGGCUCCGAUGAGCUCCUGUGUGAAAUCACCAAGCUGCCCUCGGAUGACAGCCCCGCCCACAGCAGCGCCAUCGGGCCGGUCAUUGGCAUCAUCCUCUCGCUCUUCGUCAUGGGCGGGGUCUACUUCGUCUGCCAGCGCGUGGUGUGUCAGCGCUACGCAGGGGCCAAUGGGCCAUUCCCGCAUGAGUAUGUCAGUGGGACCCCCCAUGUGCCCCUCAACUUCAUCGCCCCUGGUGGCUCUCAGCAUGGCCCCUUCCCAGGCAUUUCAUGCAGCAAGUCCAUGAUGAGCUCUGUGAGCCUGAUGGGGGGGCGGGCUGGGGUGCCCCUCUACGACCGGAACCACGUCACUGGGGCCUCGUCCAGCAGCUCGUCCAGCACCAAGGCCACGCUGUACCCGCCGAUCCUGAACCCACCGCCAUCCCCCGCCACGGACCCCUCCUUGUACAACGUGGACGUGUUUUACUCUUCCAACAUUCCUGCCACCGCCAGGCCCUACAGGCCCUACAUCAUCCGCGGCAUGGCACCCCCGACAACGCCCUGCAGCACAGACGUGUGUGACAGCGACUACAGCGCCAGCCGCUGGAAGGCCAGCAAGUACUACCUGGAUUUGAACUCGGACUCAGACCCCUACCCACCCCCGCCCACGCCCCACAGCCAGUACCUGUCGGCGGAGGACAGCUGCCCCCCUUCACCCGCCACCGAGAGGAGCUAUUUCCACCUCUUCCCGCCCCCUCCGUCCCCCUGCACAGACUCGUCCUGACCUUGGCCGGGCCACCCCGGCCUCUCUGCCCCCCUGUAAAUAGUUUUAAAUAUGAACAAAGAAAAAAUAUAUUUUAUGAUUUAAAAAAUAAAUAUAGUUGGGAUUUUAAAAAACA